AUUUCCUGGCUCAAGAUUCUGCUGGAGAUGCUAUUCUUCUGAUUCCAUAUAAUGAGCUAAGCAGUAUGGUGGCCGCCAAUGAAAGUGUACAGAAAAAAUACACUUACACAUUCCACUUAAAUCUAUGUGAAUUUUGUAGCUUUAUUGUUUUGAAAAUAGACUAAGAAGUACUUGGACUUUGAGUGGAAGAGCUGUUUCAGUGUCAAGUUUUAUGCCGUCAGGACAGGAAUUUUUAAGAUAAAGUUGGAACAAUCUAUAUACAUAGAUCAUAUAAUAUUAUAAAUAUAAACCAGUUGACAUCUAGUACUGAAGGAAAAUGAUUAGUCCCAUUGGUUGUCAUUGUUUAAGCUAGCCGGAGCUCUUUGUCACAAUGUACAGUAGGGACAUCCUCACCAGAUACGCUUCCUUCUUGCAAGAUGAAAAAAUGCUAUGCAUUACAGGUUGUGCAGUGCUAGUUUAAUGUAACCAGCUGCUGCCGCGCCGCGUGCUUACGAAUCUUGUGUGUUUUACAAAAAUGGUGAAUAUACCAGCUAUACUGAUACAGAUACAGAAUGUUAUAAUCACUCAUUGCAAAACAUAAUUAUGCGUGCGUAUGUGCGCAUACAUAAACAAGGUCACGUCAUAACGUACGUACAUCGUCUAUGAUAAUACUAUGACAUUUCUCCUGCUGUACCUGCUGACCAAGCAUGCGCAAAGAUACCUACCUGACAGCAUACAUGUCCUUCAAGCUACCAGAUUUACUACUCACGUUUGACAAUCACCUGAUGACAUAUGAACUUCUAUUGUGUGGACUAUAAAAAGGCUUUUGAUGUUGAAGGUUUCCCGUGAGACCUCACCACGACUUUCUUUCGUGACAAGAGUGGCAAAAUGUAUGGUGACAGUUUUCGAUCAUUAUCUAUAAAGGUAAUAGAUAUUGACGCAGAAUGCAUUCCUUUGCUUGAUAGAAAAUUACUACUUAUAAAAGAGGGCAUUCAAGUUACUGUCAUAAUUAUUCUCUGAUCUGGUAUUGUUAUUAUCAUUUACUAUUAUUAUUUUCUGAUUAGGAACAUUUACAACACUGUUUGUUAAAGAUUGAUAGGACCUGGCGGAGAAUUAGAAUAAAGACCACAAUUGGCCUUUUUAUCCCAACAGCAUUUGUUUCGUGAUUUUAAUGUGUGGAUCAAUCAAAUCAAUCAAACAUGUUAUCUAAAUGUUGUAUGCCUUUAUUGUUAACAUUUAACAUUCAGGUGGCACAUGUGCAAACUCAGUGCUUGACGCACCAUUUUUCCUUAAGAGCAACAUUGUGACGUACCAUCAAUUCACGUUGUCCUUGAUGCUCGUCAAUUAUGCAUCCUAAGUGCUUUCGCUUAUCCAUUCUUCAACACCAGUGGCCAUGACUCCAUACUUACCUCACCUGAGCUGAAAUAGAAUUCACUCUAUACAAAGUGUAGACUAAGUGUAGAAAACAGCACUAAGUUGCAUCAAUUGAAAGCAUCGUUUAAACGCCGAAAACUGUUAUCAAACUAUUGGUCGUUUGCGAAAUGAAAUGAAAUGAAACAGUUUAAAAUCCAAACAAAAAGUCAGCUGCUACCAUGAUUAUAUUGCAAGAUACUGCGUUUUUGGAAAGUGUUAUUACUAACAUUGAUUAUGAUUAUUUUCAGAUUCCUGCAUCCAACUAUACCUAUGCCUUUUAGACUUUUUUUCCAGAACUGCCUUUUUGUCUUCUAUGAUAACAUUAAAAAAACAUUCCACUAACCUACCCCUUAAGUUCAAAAAUAGGUAAUGGUAUCGUCAACGAUAUUAAAAGGACAUGUUUAUUUUUGACGCAGACGAUAUGAUGUAAGAAGCCCACCCCAUGCGCCUCGUUACGUAAUAGAAUCCCAAAGGACUCCCAAAAUGUGCAAAGACAAGAGGACUCUCUCCCCUGCGCCCUGUUACGUAAUAGAAUCCCAGGGGACUCAUGAAGAUAUAAAUGUGCAAAGUCAAGUGCCAAGUACAACCGACCUUACCACUUCAGCUGAAGUCACGACAACGUCAGUCAUGUCUCACAAUCCGAUCUCUGCGAACGAUACUCUAGCGAUCUUCAAGAAGGUCGAUAAGAGUAAGGACAACCUUAUCAACAAAAAAGAGCUGAAAACCGCGCUCAAAGAACUUGGACUGUCUCCAGUGUCUGAUCAACUCAUCAAGUGCACAAUGGACGCAUUUGACAAGGACAAGAGUGGAGCUCUGAAUUUCGAGGAGUUCCAGGCUUUGGUGGGACAAGUGGAGCAGGCUAAGGGACAACUCUCUUACAGGAUGCGUGAAAUCUUCAAACGCAUGGACGAGAACGGUGACGGCAGCCUCACCCCGGAUGAACUGAAGGCCGGGCUGGCUGCCAUGGGCAACCACAUGGACGAUCGGGUGAUUGACAGCAUGAUCAAAGCUGCCGACACCGACAACGACGGGCGCGUCAACUACGAGGAGUUCAUCAAAGUUAUGUCAUGCUAAAAGCUCAUCAUCCCAUCUCAUAUAUCUCUUCUAUAGUCUAACUAUUUGACAUCAGAACCAGUCUCCUGCAUCCUUUUUGUCUUCCUACAGUAUAUCGGAUUCCAUUCUCUCAUUCAGCAUAUCAUUUUCAUAUCUUUACCAUUGCCUAUCCAUAUUUCUUCCUCUCUGGUAGCACAAUUUAAGUUUAAGCAGUGGUUAGGAGGUCUUCGAACCAUGUUUUGCUCGACUCUAUUCCGUACAUCAACAUUUCAGAUGUGGCCUCAAGAUACCCCAAGAAUACUUCUGA